AUGCUGUCUUCAGCCCCCGCCGUCCCCCUCCACUCUAUCAACUUUGCCGACCCCAACCAGAGGCGUCUCUCGCUCAUGACCCACGCGGGCCGCGAGAUAUUCACCGCCCACGACGGUCUUCCCUCCCCCGGCAAUCUCACUCCCGUACAGGACGGAACCCCCAAUGGCUCCGAGUAUGCCGUCGGCAGCUCUGACGGCGGCUCUGCGCCCAUCAGUAGGAGAGACAGCGAGAUGGUCUUGCAGGAGAGCUCGUCGGAGGACUCUGCUUAUUCAGCGAGGGCGAGCCAGAAUGGGAAUGGAGUGGCAGACAGCCAGACGACGCUAAACACGAUGGGAGGGGCAGACAGGCAUGUGCAGGGGAGAGAGUCUGAGGGGGAUGCGGAGACUGGGCUGCGCAAGGUGCCGAGUCGAGGAGGUAUCUGGCAUGAAGAUCCCAAAUGGUCUUCAAAGGGAAGUGCUCAGCCAGUGCAUACCGACGCUCCUAGAGCAGUCAGGCCUAUCGACGGUGAACAGUUCUACGCAGCCCACCACAAGACCCACGUCCCUUCGAACCUCGCCUUCACCACCGCCAACGCUCCCACCCCCGAAUCAAACACUCCUCCUGUCCAAGAGCAGCAGCACGCCCAAAGCGCCACUUCCUCCCCCCAACCGGCGCAACACGUCAAGCAGUACGCUCAAACAGCGCCGUCUUCCCCUCACCAGUCGCCCACGACGACUCGGCUGCCGAAACACCAUGCUGGGCCGUUGCACGACUUGCGCCGAUUCUUGAACCACCACAUUGGCUCGGACAAGCACAAGCACGAGCACCACCCUGCUGUGCGGGAGCACCUCGCCGAUACGCCUUCUGCCUCUGGUCCAAACUCGCCCACGCCUGGGACGGGGGUGGCUACGGGGGCAGCGACGCCUGCGAUGCAGAGACGCGGCAGCGGUUUCGGCGGUAUGGCGCACGGCCAAGCCGGCAGCAUGACAGCCGUCAACGCGACCCCCUCUUCCACCGGCGGGACCGGCCAUGCCGACAAGGACCACGGUGCGCACACCACCCACCUCAUGGGCUUUAUGCGCCACCACCACCGGGAUAAUGAGGGUGAAAAGUCGCAUUCCUCUCUGGCGAGCUUUUUCGGGCAUAAUGAGAAGAAGGAGAAGAAGAAGCGGGAGAAGGAGGCGGCGAGUCAGGCGGGGAGCACGGUGCCGAGUAGGCAAGUGACGAGGGAGGCGACGCCGGGAGGGUCCCCGAACUUGACGCCGUCGCAUACGCCUGGAUGGGCGACGCCGAAGAAUGCGGCAGAGUUCCCUGGUGUACCUUACCCCGUCCUUGCGCUCACACACCCCUCGCUGCAAGAAGCUUCCCACGCGCACUUGUCGAAAAAGUAUGGCAAGUGGGGUAAGGUGCUUGGGAGUGGUGCGGGUGGUACGGUCAGGUUGAUCAAGGGGAAUACGAAGAAUGGGAAUACGGUGUAUGCUGUCAAGGAGUUUAGGCCGAGGAGGCAGGGAGAGUCGGAGAAGGAGUAUCAGAGAAAGGUGACGGCAGAGUUUUGCGUGGGUGUGACGUUGAGGCAUAUCAAUGUCAUUGAGACGGUGGAUAUCGUCAACGACCACGGGCAUUUCUACGAGAUUAUGGAAUACGCCCCGUACGACCUCUUCUCCGUCGUCAUGUCUGGCAAAAUGUCGCGUCCCGAGAUCUACUGCGUCUUCCGCCAAAUCGUCGACGGUGUCAACUAUCUCCACUCUAUGGGCCUCGCCCACCGAGACCUGAAGCUCGACAACUGCGUCAUGACCACCGAAAACACUGUCAAGCUCAUCGACUUUGGUACUGCCACCGUCUUCCACUACCCCGGCAAGCAUCAGAUCCCAGCUACCGGCGUCGUCGGGUCCGACCCUUACCUUGCGCCCGAGGUGCUUUCCAAGGACCACUACGACCCCCGGCUGACGGAUGUGUGGAGCGUGGCCAUCAUCUUUAUGUGUAUGGUGCUCAGGCGGUUCCCGUGGAAGAUCCCAGACUACAAGACGGAUAUGUCUUACAAGCUGUAUGUCAAUACGCACCCCGAGCUGGCUACCAAGCCGCCCAUCCCGACGCCGGCGCCGAGUCUGGUCAACGGCAAGGAUGGCAAGCAUGGUGGUCCCCACGGGCUCUUGCCGGACGGGUCCAGCCAGAUCCCCUUCCAGCGAUCCGAGUCGAAUGUGAGCUCCAACACGGCUGUGGAUACCACCAAAGCAGGCUCGCCUGAAGAGUGUUCUUCGUCUGAUGACGAUGGGCCUCAUGGGCGUUUGGCACAUUUGAAUAUUCACGCCGGGGACGGGAGACAAGAUCCGAGUGAUCUCAAUUUCCCGAGGAGGAGCGAUUCGGUCGUUUCUGUGCCUGCUUCGAGGUAUGCGACCAAGGGCGGCUUGACGCCUGCUGCCAAAAACCCCAAGAGGCAGGGCACACUACCUCCCCAGGCUCGUGUGCGUCAGACGGAAGGUACGGGCCGUCAUCGCGCAGUGUCGACGCCUUCUCAGCCGCCGACCCCUGGUGCCGACCACCGAGUCAACCCCAUGACCAGCGCUACCGGCCACCUCGCCCUCGAACAGAGCUCUGCUGCGAGGGCAGACUCACAAGCAAGGAGGGAGCGCGCUGCGUCGAUCUCGUCGACUCGUACAUUCCAAUCGGGCGGUGCCGAGUCCAUCUUCCGUCUCCUCCCUCGCGAAUCCCGAAGCGCCGUCAUGCGCAUGCUCGCGGUGGAGCCUUCGAUCCGAUGUACGCUCUCCGACUUGCUUGUGGGCAGGGGGAAGGAUGAGAUGAUGUGUCCUUGUGGGUCGGAGGAUUGCUCGGGGAGCGUCAGUGUGCCGCCAGAGGAGAUUACGGGUCUGACGGCGCAAGAGAUGGAUGAUGGGGAUGAGUGGGUGAAGGGGAUUGAUUGUUGUAGCCACCAUCCCGGGAGACCGGGGAACCACCAGCAUAUCAAGGUGGUAGGAGGAGAGGAGAAGCCAAAGAAGAAGCUGUUCCAUUAA